AUGGAUUCUCGAGGAUUUUGGAAUGAAUCCAGCGAUGAAAAUGAGGAUGAUGAAAAUCAGGAACCUUUUCAAUAUGCCUCUAAAGAUGGUGUUAUAUUCCUUGUGGACUGCAGUGAAACUAUGUUCCCCAAAAACGAUAAUGAUGAAAACCAUUUUAAAACGUGCAUGAAGGCUGUUCAAAUAACACUCCAGAACAAAAUCAUUCAAAGGGAAACAGACUUAGUUGGUGUUGUUCUUUUUGGAACGGAUAAAACAGAAAAUGCUGUUGACUUCAAGCACAUUUAUGUUUAUCAGAAACUUGGACGACCUAAUGCAGAGAGAAUUCUCAAAAUUGAGGAACUGAUUGGAAUCAGCUGGAAAAACUUUAAUAACAACUUUGGUUCUAACUCUGACUACCAAAUUGGUGAUGCAUUGUGGGCCUGCUCAGAUCUUUUCUCUAAGUGUGAAGAAAAAUUGGGAUCCAAGAGAGUAAUUCUUUUCACCAAUAACGAUAAACCUCAUGAAGGGAAAGCAGCAAAUGAUGCCAAAAUCCGUGCUGAAGACUUGCAUAAAAAUGGAAUAAGUUUGGAAUUGAUUAAUUUACCUACUCCAGAUCAGUCCUUUGAUGUUGACGAAUUCUACAAGGAUCUUCUUUUUCCUGAUGAAGAUGAAAUGACAGAAUUACCUUGCCCCUCAGCCAGAUUAGAAGAACUUCUUAUCCGAGUUCGAUCAAAAGAUCACAAGAAAAGACCCAUGCGAAGAAUAAUUUUUAGUCUUGGUAAAGGUGUUGAAAUGGCUGUUGGUGUAUAUCUGUUAAUAAGUCAGUGCCGAAAACCAUAUUCAACAAAACUCUAUAAGAAAAACAAUGAAGAAUUGAAAAUAAAAAGAAAAACCUACCUUACGGAAACUGGCAAAGUGCUCUUUCCACAAGAUUUCAAAUAUUCCUUAAAUUAUGGUGGUAAAAAAAUAAUCUUUGACAAAGAAGAAAUUGCAGGAAUAAAAUCCUUUGGUACUGCAGGUCUUACUUUAAUGGGGUUCAAGCCACGAAGCAAGCUAAAAACUUAUCAACAUGUGAAACCAGCACAAUUUAUAUAUCCUGAUGAAAAAACCAUUGCUGGUAGCACUUGCCUUUUCACAGCUUUGUUGGAUAGAUGUCUCCAUCGUGAUGUUGUUGUCAUUUGCAAAUACAUCCAAUCAAAAUCAUCACCACCCUGCUUUGUUGCUCUUGUCCCUCAGAAAGAAAUAUUAAAUGAACAAAAAGUUCAGACUUCACCUUCUGGGUUCCAUGUCAUCUUCCUCCCAUUUGCAGAUGAUUUCAGGAAAAUUGAUUUAGGAGUAACUCAAAAAGCUCUCCCAGAACAAAAGGAAAAAGCCCAAGAAUUAAUUAAAAAUUUAAAAUUUACUUUUUCUCCUGAUAAAUUUGAAAACCCUGACAUCCAAGAACAUUGGAGAAACAUUGAGGCUUUGGCUUUGGAAAGAACAGAACGAGAAGAAUUUGUCGAUUAUGCAAUUCCUGAUAAAGAACAAAUGGCCCAAAGAGCUGGCACAUUUGCAGAACAGUUAAAAGCACUCAUCUAUCCAAAGGAUUAUAAACCAAACUUGAAGAGAAAAAGAACAGAUGGUCAUGAAAUUAAAAAUAAAGUCCCUUGCCUUGAAAAUUUAAAGACAUUAGCUGAAAAUGAUAAGCUGAAAGGCAUGAAAGUUGCUGCCUUGAAACAACUGAUGAAAGAGAAUGAUGUGAAAGUAAUUGGCACAAAGAAACAGGAAUUGAUUGAUGCCAUCCAUAAACAUUACCAACUUUGA